GGGGGCGCCGGGGACUGCGCGAGCGGCCGAGCGCAGGGUCCUCCCCAGGCGGGCGCCAGGCCCCCGUCAGCCCCAGCCGGGCCGCGAUCGCCGGUGGGUUCCGGGUCCUGUGACCGGUCAGGCGGCGUCAGCGGGCGUGACGGAGGGCGGGCCGGCCUCGGGGGAGUUUCCGCGGCCGCCGGGGGCGCGGCUAGGGAGCGCGCGGCCGGGCGGGGGCCAGUCCCGGAGCCCAGGAGCGCCCGACGGCUGCGGCGCUCAUGGCGGGCGGGGGAACCGGGGAUCCUGGCCUGGGGGCGGCUGCCGCCGGGGCGCCCGAGAUCCGCGAGCACCUCUUCAAGGUGCUGGUGAUCGGCGAGCUCGGAGUGGGCAAGACCAGCAUCAUCAAGCGCUACGUCCACCAGCUCUUCUCCCAGCACUACCGGGCCACCAUCGGGGUAGACUUCGCCCUCAAGGUCCUCAACUGGGACAGCAGGACGCUGGUGCGCCUGCAGCUGUGGGAUAUCGCGGGGCAGGAGCGAUUUGGCAACAUGACCCGGGUAUACUACAAGGAAGCUGUUGGUGCUUUUAUAGUCUUUGAUAUAUCAAGAAGUUCCACAUUUGAGGCAGUUUUAAAAUGGAAAAGUGAUCUGGAUAGUAAAGUUCAUCUUCCAAAUGGCAGCCCUAUUCCCGCUGUCCUCUUGGCUAACAAAUGUGACCAGAACAGGGACACUAGCCAGAGUCCUUCCCAGAUGGACCAAUUCUGCAAAGAACAUGGCUUCACCGGAUGGUUUGAAACCUCUGCAAAGGAUAACAUAAACAUAGAUGAAGCUUCCCGGUUCCUAGUGGAGAAUAUUCUUGCAAACCACCAAAGCUUUUCUAAUGAAGACAACGAUGCGGGCAAAAUUAAACUAGAUCAAGAGACCUUGAGAGCAGAGAGCAAAUCCCAGUGUUGCUGAUACGGCUCCUGCUUCUCUUGUGAGUGCCUCAGCUCUGAAUAAGUUCCUGAGAAUGGGUUACGGAUGUCAUGUUAGCUCUGAGUCUUCCCAUAGAUGGCACUUCAAAAGGCAGCACCACUGGACACCUGCACUUAUUUGAAAAUGGAACUUUGGAAGAAGGAUCUCUGCUAGUGGCUCUGUAACUUAACAGAUGACAAUUAGGCUUUUGUCAUUGUUGCCAUCAUAUGGAUGAUAAUGUUUACAUCCUUUUAAACAUCUUUUUAUAUGACAGUUCCUCAGGAUUUGGUAAGCCUUCCAAGUUGAAACUUUUAGUGUAAGUGCUGAGGUGGUAAUAAAAUGUUACCUCCAGU